AUGUCUGAAAAUAAUGAUAACUCUUCUUCAAGCACAUCGAAAGGUUCAGAGCGAAUGCGUUCAUCAACUGAUGUAGGAACAAUUGCAGACAGCGAGGAUUCGUCGGGCUCCUCUGCCUGCUAUCGGUUUACCCAUUAUUCGUGUUCUUCCUCUCCUGAAGUACGGAGCAAGCUCGAUGGGGUGCGCCAAGGGUCACUUACAGACGUGAGCUAUGAACGAUCAACUGCAUCGCAGCCCAUGGUUGCCAACAUAGACACUACAAUGCUGGGUGUGGAUUGGCAACGUCGCAUGCUCAACGUCUACCGACCGUGGGUUGAAACGCAGGAGUCCACCAUCAAGGAGUUCGAGAACGCGGUUCGCUGCAUUCUCAAAGCGGCCGUUAGAAGGACCAGUAGGGCCCUCUCUAAACCGAUCUCCACUGCUGACAUUGUAAAUAACCCUCCACCCGCACACGGCCCAUGA